ACAGAAGAAAAUUCCAAUGACGGCAGCCAGCCAUCCAAAAGACGGCGGAUGGGCUCGGGGGACAGUUCUCGGAGCUGUGAAACUUCUAGCCAGGACCUUGGAUACAGCUAUUUUCCUGCUGCAAACUUGAUAGAAUACAAGUGGCCACCAGAUGAAACAGGAGAGUACUAUAUGCUUCAGGAGCAAGUCAGUGAAUAUUUGGGUGUGACUUCCUUUAAAAGAAAAUAUCCAGAUUUAGAAAGACGAGAUCUCUCUCACAAGGAGAAACUCUACCUCAGAGAACUAAAUGUCAUCACAGAGACUCAGUGCACACUAGGUCUAACAGCUUUACGUAGUGAUGAAGUAAUUGAUCUUAUGAUCAAAGAAUAUCCUGCCAAACAUGCUGAGUAUUCCGUUAUACUGCAAGAGAAAGAACGUCAGCGAAUAACAGAUCAUUAUAAAGAGUACUCUCAAAUGCAGCAGCAGAACACACAGAAAGUAGAAGCCAGUAAAGUUCCAGAAUAUAUUAAAAAAGCUGCCAAGAAAGCUGCAGAAUUCAACAGUAAUUUAAACCGAGAGCGGAUGGAAGAAAGAAGAGCCUAUUUUGAUUUACAGACACAUAUUAUCCAGGUGCCUCAAGGAAAAUACAAAAUCUUGCCUACAGAGAGAACAAAAGUUAGUCCUUAUCCAGUGGCUCUCAUACCCGGCCAGUUCCAGGAGUACUACAAAAGAUACUCUCCAGAUGAACUUCGUUACUUGCCAUUAAACACUGCCCUUUACGAACCUCCUUUGGAUCCGGAGCUGCCUGCCUUAGACAGUGAUGGAGAUUCCGAUGAUGCCGAGGAAGGGCGAGGGGAUGAAAAACGGAAAACCAAAGGCAAUUCGGACAAUUCGUCUGGCAAUGUAUCUGAAGGUGAUUGCGCCACAGACAACCAGGAGGAUUCUUUUCAGGGAAGACAAAAAACAAGAGACAAAAGUGCUACUCCAAGAAAAGAUGGUUCCAAACGUUCUGUUUUAUCCAAAUCAGUUCCUGGGUACAAGCCAAAGGUCAUUCCAAAUGCUAUAUGUGGAAUUUGUCUGAAGGGUAAGGAGUCCAACAAGAAAGGAAAAGCUGAAGCUCUUAUACAUUGCUCCCAGUGUGACAACAGUGGCCACCCUUCUUGCCUUGAUAUGACCCCGGAGCUUGUUGCUAUGAUUAAGACUUAUCCUUGGCAAUGUAUGGAGUGUAAAACAUGCAUUAUAUGUGGGCAGCCUCACCAUGAAGAAGAAAUGAUGUUCUGUGAUGUAUGUGACCGAGGUUAUCACACUUUUUGUGUGGGGCUUGACGCUAUCCCUUCAGGUCGCUGGAUUUGUGAUUGUUGUCAGAAAGACUCUCCUGUACCCAGAAGAGGAGGAAGAAGGGGGAAAAACAGCAAGGAGGGCUAA